AUGCUAGCAUUGGAAUGGGUUAAUAUGGGAGUGGAAACCGAAGGUCGGCAGUUGCACCAUCCUCGCUUUGCUGAUGACAUCGUCCUUAUAACACCAAACAUUAGCCAAGCGCAACGUAUGCUUGACGACUUUGAUAAAGCUUGUGGAAAGAUUGGUUUUCGACUAAAUCUCACAGAAACGAUGUUCAUGAAGAACAAAUUGGUCUCGCAUGAACCAUUCGCGUUCAACGGAACUAAUAUCUUCGAAUGCUCCAGUUAUAUCUAUCUGGGUCGGAAAAUCAAUGUGAUGAACGAUCUAGCUCCAUAG